AGCAAAGUCUUUAAAUAGAAUUUUAAUUAAUUUAAAAAUAUUUGUAUCUAUAAAUAUUUAUAUUUCCCUCGUUUGGGGACAAAAGCAAAACAAUGAUGAAGAAGAAACCGUAUGGGUACGGUGGAAGCAGUAGUAGAAGAGAAACGGCGUCGUGUGAGUCGAAAGAAGAAAAAUCCGAAUGGGAAAGGAGACCGGGAGGAAUGUUAGUGCAAAAACGGAUCGGAAAACCGGAAGCUCCGGUAGCCAAUUUGCGCCUCCGAAUCGCCUACGGUGCACUCCGUCACGAUAUCUACGUGAGUUCGACAGCAACGUUCGGGGAGGUGAAGAAGGUGAUGAGCGAAGAAACGGGAUUGAAGGUAGAAGAACAGAGAUUGAUAUACAGAGGAAAAGAGCGAGAAAAUGGAGAGUAUUUGGAUGUGUGUGGAGUGAAAGAUAAAUCAAAGUUGGUGUUGAUUCAAGAUGCUUCUAGCAUUGAGCGACGAUUCAUUCAGAUGCGUAUUAAUGCUAAGAUCCAAACUGCAAAUCGUGCGAUCAACAAUGUGUGUCUCGAACUGGAUCAGCUAGAAGAGCAGGUGUCUGUAAUUGAUAAAUCAAUUUCGAAUGGUGUCAAAGUACCGGAAGUUCAGAUUAUAACGUUGAUUGAGAUGCUUAUGAGACAAGCGAUUAAAUUGGAGAGUAUUUCAGCAGAAGGGGAUGCGUCUGCACAGAAAAUUUUGCAGGGAAAGAGGGUGCAGAAGUGUGUUGAAACUUUGGAUAUAUUAAAGGCAUCUAAUGCAACAGUGAAGCCUGUUGUUGUUACAACCAAGUGGGAGAUUAUUCAUCAUUCUCCUCCCCCUACCAAGUGGGAAUUAUUUGAUUGAAUUUCAUUUUCCUUUUCCUCAUCCUCUCUCAUUUCAUUUUCAUGGCGAAAGUAUGUAAUUAUUUCUCAAUUCUGCCAAUGUUUGUUAUGGUGAUACUAUGUAGUAUUUUUUUGGUAAAAGUGAUAUGUCAACUUUUUUCAAUUGGAAUAAUUGAAAUAUAGAGUCCAAAAUGUUGCUAUAUUUCAUCUUAAUUAAUGUUUAUAUAGUUAAAUAAAGAGAUCAAAAUCUCUAAAUAAAAAGUUAAACAAAAAUGAGUCAUAUACGAAAGAAUUUAGGAGGCGAUUGUUUCAUGUAUUGUAAAUUUAUUCUCAGGAAUAUAGGUUGG